UCUUUGAUAACUCUGUCUGUUUCAAAGAACUUUGACAGAUUUUCUGAUUUUCUUCAAUUUUUGUCCAGACCAUCCAUUAACAAUCUACACACUCUGAUCCAAAGUUUAAUAGUUAAUACGGGCUUGUCGCGUCAUUUAUCUCCUAAUUAGUCUUUCUUCAAGUCUUGUAUUUGGUAGCUGCAACAAGAAGACACUUUCUGCACAUCUAUGUCGGACUCUGUUUUCAUCCUUUUUGAUUAAAUCUUGUUGCUAUAGUGUUUGGCUCCCUCCCGUUUAUUUUGUUUUUUCUUUCUCUUAAACUUAUCCCUAUCUAUUCCUUAAACUACACCAAGAUUUUUCCCAAACUAGCCAAACUACAGUGCUUGUUCUUUUUUAAUGGCAUCUUGUUCUCUUGGCAUAAAGUAUGAUGUCUUCAUCAGUUUCAGAGGCACAGACACACGCCAUGGUUUUCUUAGUCAUCUGAGGAAGGAAAUGCGGCAGAAACAAAUUGAUGCCUAUGUGGACGACAGGCUUGAAAGUGGAGAUCAAAUAUCACCGGCACUCUUGAGAGCCAUCAAAGAUUCACUCAUGGCAUUGAUUAUAUUUUCAAAGGAUUAUGCUUCUUCAAGGUGGUGUUUAGAAGAGCUGGUGCAGAUUAUUGAGUGUAUGGAGAAACAAAAACAGAUUGUAAUUCCUGUUUUCUAUAAUACAGAUCCCUCUGAUGUGAGGCAUCAAAAAGGGUCUUAUGGAGAUGCUUUUGUCAAACAUGACAAAUAUUACGAGGAAAAGGUUCCAAUCUGGAAAUCAGCUUUGAAUAAAGCAGCUAAUUUAUCUGGGUUUCAUUCAUCAAAUUAUGAGGAUGAGGCUAAGCUUAUAGAAGAAAUCGCCAAGUGUUUGUCAACAAGGUUGAAUAUUAUGUACCAAAGUGACUUCACAGGCCUUGUUGGAAUUGAUAAGCGGAUUGCAGAUAUAGAAUCGCUGAUGAACCAAGGAUCAGAAGAUGUUCAGGUUAUUGGAAUUUGGGGCAUGGGCGGUAUCGGUAAGACAACUAUCGCUACUGCUGUAUUCAAUCGAUUUUGUUUUGACUAUGAAGGAUAUUGCUUUUUGGCACAUGUGAGAGAAGAAUCAGAGAAUCAUGGGAUCAUGUAUUUGAAGAAUAAAAUUCUUUCUAUUCUACUCAAGGAAAAUGAUUUGCAUAUUGGCACACCAAAUGGAAUACCCCCUUAUGUUAGGAGAAGGCUUCUUCGGAAGAGGGUACUUGUUGUUCUUGAUGAUAUUAGUGAUUCUGAUCAACUUGAAAAUUUAGUAGGAGCACUUGACUGCUUUGGAUCUGGUAGUAGAAUCAUUAUAACAACAAGGGAUAAGCAAGUGCUAGCUAAAGGAGUUGAUAAAGUAUAUGAGGUCAAGCCAAUGAUGUUUGAUGAUGCUGUUCAACUUUUUAUGUCAAAUGCCUUUGAGAACACACAUCUAGACAUGGAGUGGAUUGAACUAUCAAGGAAGGUGAUAAGUUAUGCUAAAGGAAUUCCAUUAGCUCUUAAAGUCUUGGGUUCUUUUCUUUACAGCAAGAGCAAGGAAGAAUGGGAGAGCCAACUUGAGAAGCUCAACAAAAUGCCACAUGCAAAAAUUCAGGAUGUGAUGAGAUUGAGUUAUGAUAAACUAGAUAGGGAGGAGAAAAACAUUUUCUUGUAUAUUGCGUGUUUCCUCAAAGGAUAUAAAUCACAGCAAAUAAUAGUUUUACUAAAUGCUUGUGGUUUUUCAACAAUCAUUGGGUUAAAAGUCCUUCAAGACAAAGCUCUUGUAACUGAAAUCAAAGGAUCAAACUCAGGAGCUUCAAGAAUAUUUAUGCAUGAUUUGGUACAGGAAAUGGGUUGGGAGAUUGUUCGUGAAGAAUCAAUUCAUGACCCUGGAAAACGUAGUCGAUUAUGGGAUGCUAAUGAUAUAUAUCAAGUGCUAGAACAUAACAUGGGGACUAAAGCCAUUCAAAGCAUAACUCUGAAUGUGGCAAAAAUUGAAGAGCUUUGCUUAACUCCUCAAGUCUUUGAUGAGACGUCAGAGCUAAAAUUUCUUAAAUUUUCCCAAAAUGAUACUGAUGAACAAAUCCUUCGCCUUCCUCAUGGCCUUGAAUCUUUGCCAAAUGAACUGAGAUUUCUUCAUUGGGAUUGCUGUCCUUUAAAAUCCUUGCCUUCCACAUUCCGUCCAGAAAGUCUUGUUGAACUUAGCAUGACUUGGAGUCGUGUGGAAAAACUUUGGGAUGGAGUUCUGCGACUUGUGAAUUUAAAGAAAAUUGACCUCAGUAACUCCAAGUAUCUAAUGGAACUCCCAGAUUUUUCUAUGGCCAAAAACCUUGAAGAAGUAGAACUUUACAACUGUAAAAGCUUGCGUAUGGUUCAUCCUUCUAUUUUAACCAUCCACAAGCUUGUGAGUUUGAACCUAUCAUACUGCAAAUCACUUACCAGACUUAGAAGUGAUGUCCAUUUAAGAUCCCUGAGUAAUCUUUCUCUUGGUGAAUGCUCAAGGCUGAAGGAAUUCUCAGUGACAUCAGAUAAUAUGAGGAACUUGAGUUUGGCAGGGACAGCUAUCAAUGAAUUGCCUUCAUCCAUGAGGCUCCUCAACAACCUUGAAAAGUUAGAACUACAUCGUUGUAAAAAUCUUAAGAAUCUCCCAAGCAAGUUAGUUAACCUGAGUUCUCUUCAAGAACUUCGAAUAUUUGGCUGCAUGCAGCUUGAUGCAUCAAAUUUACACUUCCUAUUUGAUGGCUCAAGGCUCUUGGAAACAUUGUUGCUGCAAGAUUGUCAUAAUUUAUUUGAACUUCCAGACAACAUCAGAUUCUUAUCCUCAUUGCAGCAUUUAUCCCUAAACGAAACAGAUAUUGAGAGGUUGCCUGCAAGCAUCAAGCAUCUUCCACAACUUGAAAAACUUGACUUGAGUAAUUGUAGGAGGCUUCAGUCUUUGCCUGAGCUUCCACUAACUAUUAAAGAACUAUACGUCACUAACUGCACUUCCCUGGAGAGAAUAAUGUUCUCUUCCAUGGCUUCUUAUCAUCUGAAGGAAAAAGUACGAAUCAGCACUAGAUUCCAGAAUUGUGUGAACUUGGAUGCACAUUCACUCAGAGCUGUGGGAGUAAAUUGUCAUGUAAACAUCAAGAGAUUGGCAUAUGAACAUUUAUCAACUCUAGGAAAAAGCAAGAUCCUAGAUGGUCCUGUUGAUGUUAUUUAUCCAGGAAGCAUUGUUCCAGAGUGGUUCAACAACAGGACAAGGCAGUCUUCAGUAACUAUUGACCUUCCUUCUGCUCCACCUUCAAUGUUUGUGGGUUUCAUUUUUUGUGUGGUUGUCUGUAAGUUCCCAUCAAAUGACAAGAACCUCGUCGGAUGUGACAUCUACUUGGAAAGUAAUGGUGAAAGGGACAGGAAAAUGGGUACGUGGACAAGCAUAUCUGCUUGUGAAUUUAUGUCUGACCAUGUGUGUCUGUGGUAUGAUGAACGAUGUUGUCUGAAAGCAAUUGAAGGCUUGGAAUUAGAUGAAACCACGAGUAAGAAAAUAUCAUUUGAGUUCUUUGCUCAAACUGGAAAUGUUUGGGAGAAGAAAAAGGAUAUUGUGAUAAAAGAGUGCGGAGUUUGCCCCAUAUAUGCCUCAGAGUGUAAGAAAUUCAUUGAGCAAAUGGACUUGGAGUUGGAGUUGGAGUCAGAGCUUGAAGCAAUUGAAAUGGAAGUUAGUGGAAGGUUUGAUGAGAAGAAAGAUGAGGAGGAGGCAAUUUCUUUAGGUCAAAGAUCCAGUCAAAAUAUGUUUCCACCACUUCCAAAUGGAACUUGGAAGAAAGCGACACAAGGCUUGAAAGAUCUCAUCAAUCUGUGACUACUUCAAAUGCACCAGAUUCUCUUCUUGCAUGUCCAGGCUUCAAUUCGAUUUCUGGUUGAGACCUUGUAGUUUGAACAUCUAUUCACAUUUUAGUUCAGUUUUUUUUUUUUUCUUUUUGAAUAAAGAUGCAAGUACAAAGCCUUGGGAAAAUGUAAAUUGACAGAAAAGAGAAUAAAUAUAAAUAAAUCAAAACA